AUGUACUACAUUUCCGGAUUUGAAAUCCUUUAUGCAAUCCUAAAUGCUAUAGUUCAGGGACAUAUUUUCUCUCAUGGUCCCGCAUGUAUCUUUUUUCGAAAUUUUAAACAUUCCUACUUCGGUAGAGCUGAAGGAUUUUACCUUCUGGUUGCCUAUUGUAACUCUUUUGGUUUAUCCAUCGCUUUGUUCGGUGUACACUUUAUAUAUCGAUAUGGAGCUGUGGAUAAUGUGUUUCGAAAGAAGUUUUUGGGUGGGAAGAAAUUACUAUUGUUAUUUUUGUUGCCAAUUUUCUAUGGUAUUUGGUGGUGUUUAGUGGUAGCUAUAUGCUAUCGAUCAAGUUCCAAAUCUGAUGAUUUUAUGAGAAUCCCUCUCCUUGAAAACUACGACACCAGAGUCGAGGAUAUCUCCUACGUCAUUAUCUGGUUCUAUGUCGCCAAUGACGAAGGAAUCCUGGGACCAAAAUGGACCACUUUCAUCGGUGUGGCUAAUCUUUGGUUCAUGGUGACUUCCUCGCUUGUCUGCGUCAUUUUCUUUGGAAUCAAGUGUUAUAGAAAAAUCACAAGGGCGUUGAAGCAUUCGAAAAUGUCGAGUUACUACGCCAGAUCAAUUCAGAAGCAGCUGUUUCAAGCAUUAGUACUACAGACACUUGUCCCAGUGGUUCUAAUGUACGUCCCUUUUGGUGUAUUAUACGUAUUUCCUAUGCUCAAUAUCGAAGUAGGAUUUAUCAGUACCUUUGUGACAGCUACCAUUGAAGUUUAUCCAGCGGUGGACCCAUUACCGACUAUGUUCAUUGUGGACAAUUUCAGAAAAACUAUAUUGUGUGGCUGCAAGAUGCCAAACAAGAAGGAGGAAGUGUCGGAGGCGCAGAAUCGGAGGCAAACUGUUUCGUAG